AUGGGUCCCGAAAAGGGAAAAUCCCUCGCACCUAUAGUGUCAGUACCGAUAUACAAAACUAUUUCGCUAAAGGAAAUAAAAUCGCGUGAACAAAAGUAUGCUCAACGUAUAGUAGAUACGAAAUUCUUAUAUCAUUUCAUUAAAGAGGCUACACAGGAGUUCGAGAGACAGAAUGAUAAGCAAUCGUCCUUAGAUAAGUGGAACGAGUACGUGACAUGUUCCCGAUUCCCGUGCCCGAAUAAAGCGAGCGAUUUGCGCAAUUUGCAAUACGAGAUGAAAUUCAAAGAAAAUCUAAGUGUGGAACACGCAAUCGAUUGGCCGCUGGCAUAUGAUCCACGUAGCGUAUUAACGCAAAAUGCAUUCAAACGUGAGCAAGCGCAACUUCCGAUAUUGCAAGCAAUGCAACCGUGUAUAAGUUUAGAUUAUGAAAAAAUAAUCGGCUCGUAUUUAAGAACUUUGCAAAAAAUCGAUGAGUUUCUUUCGAAUAAAAGCGCAACAGCUAACGUUAAUAUAGAAACUUUAAAUGAUAUCAAAGCGGUGGAGAGAUCCAUACAAAAGGAAAUUUGCGAUGCAAUGGACCGUUUCACUUACAGAAUACUAUGCGCCGAAGAACUAUUAAUGAAAUCUAUCGAUAGCGUUACGGCAGAGUACGGGUUUUCUUGUAAUCAAUUCCAAAUGCAUAUAUGGAGUUUGAAGAAUGUUCCCAUACGUUUUUCACACAUGGGUGAACAAUGUAUGGUGGCUGCUUUGCAUAACAUAAACGUAUACUUACACAUACCGUACUCGAUGUUGCGGCCGCAAUUAUGUAUACAAGCAAUACACAUGAAUUUCGAUCACGUCAGUGAGAAUGCGAAGAGUAAUAAGCCUAAUAAGCUUAAAGUACCAUUAAAAAAUUGGACUAAUCGUAUAGAAGAACCCCUUCAUCAAUGCUUGACACGCGAAUAUACGAUGCAAAUAGACAUUCUAGAAAAAGUUUAUAAAGAAAUUGAAGAGAGGCCGGAAAUAUUUGAGAAAAAAAUUUCUGAAAUCGACGAAAGGCUAAGGUGGUACUCAAAUAAAUUACCACGAACAAGUCUAGACGCCCUUAAAAGAAAUAAGGUGAACUUGUUGCAAGCCGUUCCAAAGUUACAACGUCUCUAUCAUGAUCAAUACCCAGAUAUUGAGAACGAGUUCGUUGCAGAGGAAAGCAAAGAAUACGAACACUUUUUAAAUAUUGGUUACAAUCCGGAGAACUUCAACCUAGAAUAUGAUGAGAUUAAUCUGAGACGCUUUGCUAUACUGGGCGGUGUUUAUCAAGUAUAUUGCAUAAGAAAACCUGUAUAUCGCAAGAUCGGCAGCUGGAGUUUUACUUUGCAUUCUGAUGAGCGAAAGCUUGAUGUCGAAAAAGAUUUGCAGAUUAAUAGAACGUACUCUACAUAUCCUACUCACUCUAAAUUCAGAAUGUCACUCGUUAAUCUGAAAGACUUAAAUCGAUCGAAAAGCUUUAUGACACCAAUUGAUCGCGCGAAAGAUGAAAUAGAUGAGACCAAUCCCAUGUUUGUUCUGACUUUUCAUCUACCCGACUAUCUUUGUUACUGGGGUGAUCCAAUUGCAUGUCAUUACGAAGAGUUCGAAGAAACCGUUUGCAUCGGUGACACUGCGAAUGACGAACAGCAAGUAAAGCCAUUUAAAACUAAAGCCCAGAAUUCGAUUUUUCACUCCGAACUAGAUAUGGGCGUCAUAAGCAAGUUGAAAGAAAAUCGCGAAAAAGCUAAACGCAUAUCACCUACCGGAAACAUUCUUGGCGGUGAGCUCACAAAAUCGGUGAUACAAACUUCCAAUGCGAAUGAAAUUGAUCUAAAUGUGAAAGAUUUUCCGCUAGAUAAUCCUUUCACAAGCGACCAAGCUCGUAAAGUAGUACGAUACUGUUCGCCUCAAAUAUUAUCCUCGUGUAAAUUCCCAGUAGAGAUUAAAGAACAUAAAUCGAGGCACGAAAUAGAGAAAUUGAAAAUAAGACAAGAUCUUAUGGGACGACUCGGAGCAGACCAUACCGACAAAUCGUACUGUGCGUUUGGCCAAAAUAAUCCGGAACGUAUAUUUGUCGUCUACGAUAGAACGGCUCCUUUACAGAUCCCGGAGCAUUUAGAAAAGUUCAGGGGUAUUUUACCUCAUGAGCCGAAAGCAUUUUAUCAAUUAAUUAAAGCUUUGAUCUUAAUUAAGAGACUCUUUCAAUAUAAACUUUAUCAGAUAUUCCGUUUGGAAUCGCCCGAACCAGAAAUCGAUUUAGAAGUUCGGAGGAUAAGGGUCAGAGAGCGGAUGAUGCAAGAAACGAAGAGUAGACUUAAGCAACUUACGGUUAAGUUAAAUUGUCAUAUAUCGCAGUUUAAAGCAGAAAAACGGGGAAGACGUUCAACAAGACUAAGCAAACGGCAAUCGCCUUGCACAGAAACAUCUAUCAAAACUCUUGAAAGGAAUUCGGAAAGGAAAACUGGACUCGAUUCCCCUAUUUCAAGUUCAAGUGUUAGCCAAAAAGAAAGAGCAACCAAAACAGUAAUGAGUUCCCAUUGGACGACCCGGCAUAUAAGAAGUUCUCGUUUCAUUAGAGAAGAAAGAAAGUUUGUGAUCGAAACCGAUCGAUUGGGUGUUUUUGGUUUUGCAUGUAGACGUUACCAACAUUUUCCCUUUAAAUAUUGGUCUUUAGAACCAAAUACAACUGGUCGAGAAAACGAAGUGAUUUUUACACUUGACAAUGAAUACAUGAGAUGUGUUUUUUAUGUAAACGAAGAGGGUAUACGCGGGCACGUUUGUGAACCUUUCAAAAGAUUCGUACAAAAUCCGGAAAUAUAUAUGACUAUUGAAGAACCAAUAAAGGAUUUCAAUCAAUUUAAAAAAAUGCUAAGAGACAAUAAUCUUAAUAUAUUCGCCGAGCCUGACGCUAGCUUCUACAUCGAGAAUAGUUAUUACUCCGUAAAGCAUUUACCAACAGAAAUCCAUACAUAUUACUGUAUGGCGUUACAUUGUACUACAUUUAAAUUCGAUCGUUGUCAAUGGAAUCAUUUGGCUCCGCGACGCAAUAUCGUUUUGCAAUUUAAUCACAAUAAGGAUUUUUCCACGAAUAAUUUUCGCGUUCUUAUCAAACCAGAAGGAGCAACAUUCGUUGAAAUCUUUGAACAAUCUUCCAAUGCCUUAUAUAAAAUAAAACUGAAUUAUAAACCCACUUGGCGCAAUAUAAGAUUGUAUUCCGAUUUGCAUCAAGCCGUAUGCUCAGUUCAUUCGUCGGCGUUCGGUUUACGUUGCAAAAGCACUAAGCUCAUUUGCAAUUUGAAAACCCUUCUCAGUGAAGUGCGACCUUUGAGUUUUUCAUGA